AUGAGCAGCUCUCCAGCAAUGGUGGCGAUCGCGCUGUUCCUCCUCCUCGUCGUCGCCGGCGCCGGCGCCGGCGCGCAGGGAGGAGAUGCAGGGUCUUUGCCGCCGGCGCCGGCGGCGACCGGCGAGUGGGUCCCGAUCGGCGGCGACGUGAUCAGGGGCGACGGGUUGUACCGGCAGGUGGCGAGGUUCGCGCUGGUGGUGCGGAUGCUGGCGUUCGGGGCAGCGGAGGGGGAGCUGACGCUGGUGGAGGUGGUCGCCGGGAGCGUGCAGGCCGCCGGCGCCGGCAACAACUACCGGCUCCUGCUGCGCGCGGCGGGCGGCGUGGGGACGUACGAGGCGGUGGUGUGGGGCGUGCCCGGGUCGACGGGGUGGACGUGGAAGGUGCUCUCGUUCCGGCGCGUCGCCGGCGACCAGAACUAG